AUGGAGAGCUCUGGACACAGCUCUGCUGCUGUUCUGGCUGGGUCCUGGCUCUCCUGCAUCCUCCAGGUCCCCCGGGUGGGUGCUCUGCAGGAGCCACUGCUGGAGGAUGUGAUCCUGGAGAACAUCAGCUGGGCUGCGGAGGACGCCCAGGGCAAUGACUCCUCGGAGCACGCCUUCUUCUCCCUGGAUUACCAGCACGUCCAGGUGCCCUUUGAGAUCACGCUCUGGAUCAUGCUGGCCUCCUUGGCCAAAAUUGGGUUCCAUCUCUACAACAAACUGCCUUCCGUCGUUCCCGAAAGCUGCUUGUUGAUAUUUGUGGGACUCAUCAUGGGGGGAAUCAUCUAUGGAUUAAAUGACAGGUCACCCCCAGUGAUGGACAGCGACAUCUUUUUCCUCUACCUCCUUCCCCCCAUCGUGCUGGACGCCGGUUACUUCAUGCCCAGCCGCCCUUUCUUCGAGAACAUCGGCACCAUCCUGCUCUACGCCGUGGUGGGCACCAUCUGGAACGUGUUUGGGAUUGGCUUUUCCCUGUAUGGGAUCUGCCAGGUGAAAGUUUUCCGGCUGCAGGACGUGUCUCUGCUGCACAACCUCCUGUUYGGCAGCCUCAUCGCCGCCGUGGACCCCGUGGCCGUGCUGGCUGUCUUUGAAGAGAUCCACGUCAACGAGAAGCUGCACAUCCUGGUGUUUGGGGAAUCUCUGCUCAACGACGCCGUCACUGUGGUGCUCUACAAGCUCUUUCGCUCUUUCUGCGAGAUGCCCACCAUCAAAAGCGUGGACGUUUUUGCCGGGGUUGGAAAAUUCUUCGUGGUUGGGCUGGGAGGAGUUUUGGUGGGGCUGAGUUUUGGGUUCACCGCCGCCUUCACCACRCGUUUCACCAAGGACAUCCGCGUCAUCGAGCCCCUCUUCGUGUUCCUGUACAGCUACCUGUCCUACCUCACUGCCGAGAUGUUCCACCUCUCCGGGAUCGUGGCCAUCAUUUCCUGUGCCAUGGGCAUGAAGCGCUACGUGGAGGCCAACAUCUCCCUCAAGUCCCACACCACAGUCAAAUACUUCAUGAAGAUGUGGAGCAGYGUCAGCGACACCCUCAUCUUCAUCUUCCUCGGGGUUUCCACCAUCGGGGACAACCACGAGUGGAACUGGCCCUACAUCUGCUUCACAGUCAUCUUCUGUCUCAUCUGGAGAGCACUCGGGGUUCUGGUGCUGACUUUCUUCGUGAACAGAUUCCACGUGAACACCAUCACCAGUAAGGACCAGUUCAUCAUCGCCUACGGGGGGCUCCGAGGGGCCAUUUGCUUCUCCUUGGUUUUCCUGCUUCCAGAAUUCCACAGGAAGAAGCUCUUCAUCGCAGCAACGACUGUUGUCAUCCUCUUCACUGUGUUCGUGCAGGGAAUGACCAUCCGUCCCCUUGUUGACCUGCUGGCUGUCAAGAGGAAACGGGAGAGCGCUCCCACYGUGGGAGAGCAGAUCCACAUUCGGUUCUUGGAUCAUUUGCUGGCUGGCAUUGAAGACAUUUCUGGACAUUGGGGACAGUAUUACUGGAAAGACAAACUGGAAUAUUUCAACAGCAAAUACCUGCAGAAGAUCCUGCUCCGGGAGUAYGACCAGCCCAAAUCCAGCAUCGUGCUGCUCUACGAGAAGCUGGAGCGCAAACACGCCAUCGAGCUGGCCCAGGCUGGGCAGCUGGGCCAUGGCCCAGCCCAUCCCUCCUUCCUCAGCAGCGACAGGACUGUCAGAACAGACCAAAAACUGGAGGAAACUCCCAACCCYGAUGCCCUGGAUAACAUGCACGAAAUCUUGGCAAGGAACCUGUACCGGAUCAGGAGGACGGGUCCAGCGUACAACAGGCACACCCUGCCYGGCGACAGCGAGCCCACGGAGCGAGCCAAGGAAAUCCUGAUCYUGCGGCACAAGAACCUGCUGGUGGAGGUGAGCAGUGACACCUGCAGCUCCAGGAAGGAGUCCCAGAAGGAGGACUCGUGCUCAGCACAGGGUGAGGCCACCCCACAGCCCAAGCUCUGCCGCUCCUUCACCCUGGGGAGCACGGAGACRGUUCGGGAAGUGAAGGAGAGCCGCUCCAAGUCCGUGUGUGCCAUCCCUCCMCCCCAGACCUGGGGCAGGAGCAAGGAUGUGAGGAAGGAGCUGCCUCUGGAGUUGUACAAACACCAGGGAUGCUCUGGCUCCCCAUGA